CUCAAAGCGAUGGCGAAUCGCAGAAUGAAAUAUGGCAGGAUGAGUGCUGAGGCUGCAGACCGGGUGGCAAUUGUGGCCAGCGGUCGUCCCAGCACGCCUCUGCAAACGUCAUGGUUUGAAUUCCUUCUAGACAGUAGUCUGCUGGAGACACACCUGCAGAAGGCAAACCCAGACCCUCUCCCAGUGCAGCUGAUUGUUCAGUUCCUGGAGCAGGCGUCUAAGCCCUCGUUGAAUGAGCAGAACCAGGUUCAGCCUCCAGCGGACAACUGCAGGAACAGAACCCUGAAGCUGCUGGCCCUGAAAGUAGCAGCUCAUAUGAAGUGGGAUCUGGAAGUGCUGGAAAAAGGCUUGACCAUUCCAGUGUUGAACAUGUUAUUGAAUGAGCUGCUCUGUGUGAGCAAAGUUCCUCCAGGUGUGAAACAUGUGGACCUGGAUCUGUCCACUCUCCCUCCCACCACCGCCAUGGCUGUCAUCAUCUACAACCGCUGGGCCAUCAGAACGAUUGUGUUGAGCAGUUUCCCAGAGAAACAGACCAAACCUGGACCUCACCAGAUGAACAUUCUGAAUAUUGUACAGCAGGAGAAAGAAAUGACAGACAACAUUCUUGCUGUGUUGAAGGAGCAGGCCACCGACUCCAUCAGUGUCCUGGAGGGAGCUCUUUGUCUGAAGAAAGACUUUUACAUUCACACCCUCAGGACUCUGGACCUGUUGGCUGCUGACGCUGCUGCAAACGGAGAGACCGAGGCUUCGACUGCGGGGCUGUGCAUCAGCACCGAGGAGCUGCACUGUCAGGUGCAUUAUGAUUUGGGAGGUAUUUUCUUCCAGCGAGGCUGCACUGACCAGCCGUCCUUCAUGAAAGCUAAAGAGCAUUUCAGACAGACGGUGGAGCUUCUAAAAAAGCUGGACUCAGCUGUUCACGUCCACCUGGACGAGAAGCGACUGGCAGGAUACUGGAACGCCUGCAAAGCUCUGACCGGAGACUGUGAUCCGUCUGAUUCCCAGACAUCACCAUAUGAUCAGAUCAACAGUCUGAUCAGGGCACGCAACUACAAGGCCGUCAUCGAAGCCUUCAUCAAAGACAACGUGACCCGCAGUUUACCAAACCACUUCAGGAGGUCUGUCCUCAGAGAGUUCCUGUACAACGUCCAACAAGGUGAAACCGGCCUGGAUGAGUUUUGCCACAAGCUGUGCGUCUGUAACGCCGUCCGUGACGCUCUAGAGGGAGAAGUUCACAGCGUUCGCUUCCAACAGCUGCUGCUCCGACCCAGCAGACGGAUGGUGGACUUUAUUUUAGAGGUGGCCACACGUUCACUGGAGAAGGACCGUACGUCUGAGACGGCCAGAAGGAACAUGGCCGGUUUUAUGAAGACUCUGGGUGAAAGUUUUGAAGACCUCUCCAUGGUCUUCGUGGUCUCCUCUCACAAGCUGUUCGUGGAGCUGCUGAGGGAGGAGGAGAGGAACGUCCUGGUGGAGCAGAUGAAGAAGAGGUCGGCCACCAUCAACCUCAGCACCAAACCUCUGCCGUCGUUCUACGACAUUCCAGCUUCUCCGACCGUCAACAUCGGACAGUUGGAGCAGCAGCUCAUCCUGUCACUGGAUCCACGCAAGAUCAGACAGAUUCUUAUUGAGCUUCAUGGCAUGGCUGAAAGACCUUUCUGGAAGGUCAACAGCAAGUGGGAGGUCCCUCCAGACUACAUCAAUGUGAUCCUGAGUAUUAAAGACAACCUGACCAAAGACCUGGUCUACAUCCUGAUGGCCAAAGGACUUCACUGCAUCUCCAUAAAGGACUUUGUCCACGCACGGCAGCUUUUCUCCGCCUGCCUGGAGCUGGUGACGGAGUUCUCGCCCAAACUGAGGCAGGUGAUGCUGAACGAGAUGCUGCUGCUGGAGGUGAGAGCCCACGAGACCAUGGCAGCAGAGGGCAGCAAAGAGAGGCCGCCGCCCGAUCUGGUCAGCAGAGUCCGAGGUUACCUGGAGAUGAGGAUCCACGAUCUGCCGCUGCGUCAGGUGGUCGGAGAGGAGUGCGUCGCCUUCAUGUUGAACUGGAGAGAGAACGACUAUCUGACCCUGCAGGUGCCGCCCUCUCUGGUCAUGAACAACCCCUACAUCAAGGUGGGUCAGCUCCUGGCCUCCACCUGCAAAGAGCUGCCCGGUCCCAAGGAGAGUCGACGCACGGCCAAGGAGCUGUGGGAGGUGGUGGUCCAGAUCUGCAGCGUGUCCAUGCAGCACAAGAGGAACAACGACGGCCGAGUGGGCCUCAUCAAACACAGAGACUCGUCUCUGGGCAUCCUGCCCAGGAGCAAAUUCAUCACUUUCAUCAAGAAACUUCGAGAGCCGCUGGUGUUGACCACCCUCACCUCUCUGUUUGUGAGGCUGCACAGCAUCGUCAGGGACGACAUAGUAAACGAGGUCACAGCAGAACAUCUGUCCAUCUGGCCGUCAACUCUGCCAAACAUCCAGGCGGUGGACGUGGAGGCCGUGGCUGUGACGGUCAAAGAGCUGGUGUCCUACGCGCUCACCCUGAACCCCAACAACCAGUCGUGGCUCAUCACACAGGCUGACAUCUACUUUGUGACCAAUCAGUACUCUGCUGCUCUGAACUUCUACCUCCAGGCUGGAGCUGUGUCUUCUGACUUCUUCACCAAAGCCGUGCCUCCGGACGUCUACACAGACCAGGUUCUGAAGAGGAUGAUCAAGUGCUGCUCCAUGAUGAACUGCCACACACAGGUGGCCGUCCUCUGCCAGUUCCUGAGGGAGGUGGACUACAUGACGGCGUUCAAAGCUCUUCAGGAACAGAACAGUCACGACGCCAUGGACUCGUUCUACGACUACAUCUGGGACGUCACCAUCCUGGAGUAUCUCACAUACAUUCAUCAAAAACGGGGCGAGGCCGAGAAAAGACAGAUUGCGAUUAAAGCCAUCGGCCAGUCGGAGCUGAACACCAGUAAUCCAGAGGAAGUUCUGCAGCUGGCUGCUCAGAAGAGGAAGAAGAGGUUCCUGCAGGCCAUGGCCAAACUCUACUUCUAACAGUCAGACUCAGCAGUGAGAGACAGUGAGAGACACAGUGAGAGACACAGUGGAGAGACACUCACAGGAGGACAGAACUGUGGUCGUUUUAUUUUGUUUUUUGUGGCACAAAAUUCAUUUCUAAAUAAAUCCAGUAGCUCAGUUGUGA